AUGGAGCAGAGGAACGAUCGAAAAUACGAGAGAGACAUUGACCGAGAGCUAACGAACGUUUCACGGGACACGUCACUCCGCUUCCGGCGCUCCUGUUCGGUCCCUCUUCUAACCUGCCACGGAAGUCCUUUGACAUCCCUUGACAUGCCUCCAAUCGCUGGCUCGAAUUACACCGUAAAAUCGCGCAUUCAUCGUACAUUACCAGCUAUUUUGAAACAAUGGUGGCUUUGGUGGUUACUUUUACCACGAUGUCUCGCAUCAUGGACGAAAUACAUUGAAGAAUACGACUCUAUUAGAGUUGCUAGGUGCGAUGUUCGUUGCAGUGGUAAUUACCCUGAUCAAUGUAUGGAAAAAUGCUUGGGGUCUAAUUAUACAAAACCUGGUCAUUGUCCUGAUAAGGCAUCCAUGUCACCCUUUGAAGCUGUUUGUUUAGUUACUUGUGAUGACGACUCUCGUUGUCCAGAUUUAGCGAAAUGUUGCAAGCACGAAUGUGGCGUCACAUGUAUGCAUUCUAUCGGUUUAGACAAUAGAACUGAUUUACCUUUGAUUCCUGAAAAUGUACAAAUUAGACAACAGAAGAACAAUUUAGUUCAUUUAACAUGGCAUAAUUCUAAGACUCCACCUAUAAAUAAAUCGGCUGUAGAGAACGGUGUAAGGUAUUUAGUGGAAGAAAGACAUUUACUUGGACCAAGAUAUCUGGAAUCUAGAUUGAGCUCUUGGACGGUGCGUCAUGUUUCAACGAAAUCGCACGCAACACUUCGAGAACGAUUAAAAACUGGACAUUGGUAUCAAUUUCGUGUAGCAGCUAUUAACGAGAACGGCUGUCGAGGGUAUUCUCAGCCAUCUAGACCUUUUAAAACAAAAGAACCACGGAAUCCUAAAGAACCGCAAAACUUAACAUUGUCCGAUGCACGGCUAGUAGGUGGACAAUUGCGUAUCACUUUGAGAUGGAUUAAACCAGCCUCGGAUGUGCUAAUUACGUUCUACAAAGUAUUUUGGAGUCGUCUUGUUCAUGGUCCGACUAAUGACUCGAUUCUCCUUUACCACAAAACAGUUCUCAAAGAUAAAACUUGCUACGAAUUGAAAAACUUGGAGCUGAAGUGUCAGUACUUUCUUCAAGUGCAAGCUGUCGCAUUGUACGGAAAUCGGCGGUUAGCAUCGCGGAAGGCCUCAAAAGUUUUCAAUAGCACCGACUACAUGACAUACGCCGACGUCGGGACGCAUUCUCGCAGGUGCGAACGAUACCAAGAUGGACUUCAUCUGCGUCGAAUGACUUGUCACUGCGGAAAGGUCAAGGUACAUUUGGUUUGGCCAAUGUACCACGAAGCAAAGGCGUACAACGUCUCCUGGAGAGAGGAAUUCUGUUCGAUCUCGCAGGAAAAGCACUCAGCCCGUGAAAAGAAAACUUUCUGGAAAAUUACUCAGAUACCGUAUCUCGAGAUGCGACAUCUGCAAGGUGAAUGCACGUACAAUGUAAAUGUACGAAAUAUAUUCACCGAUAUGAACAACGACUCGCAUGGUGCCAGUAUAGAGUUUUUCACUAUUGGUUGUCUGAAAGUUCCAGAGGAGCACAAGGAGGGCAAACUUUUGCGCAAUAAAAUGAUACAAUGCAAAUCUAAAUCGUCGAAACACAAACGACACUAUGAUGGUUAUCUAUGA